CAAAACUCCAAACAAGUGCCCAGCUAAGCACAAAUGUGUAAACAUGCCUGGCUUCUAUGAAUGUCCUUGUAAAGACGGAUACGAGAAGGGAAAUGGCGACGAGUGCGUGAAAUUGAAAUGUUCAUGCGGUGACAAUGGUAAGUGCGAUGACGACGGAAAGUGUACUUGUAAUGAAGGAUAUGAAAAAGAUGGAGAAGGAGUAUGUGAAGACAUUGACGAGUGUAAAAAAGGGGCAAAGUGCACCGGUGAUGGAGAGAAGUGUGUAAAUGAACCAGGGGGACACUCUUGCUUAUGCAGAGCGGGAUAUGUAAAUAAUCAUGGAGGAUGCGUCAAGGAACCUCAAUGCAAGUGUACAUCGCACGAAGAAUGCUUCAACGGAAAGUGCAGGUGCAAGAAAGGAUACAAGAGGAACUCAAAAGGGAUGUGUGCUCGAAAACGUGGCUUAGUUGGUUCAGGCUACUCUGUACACGUCACCAGUCACCUGGGCACCCUCGGCCUCGUCCUUAUGCUGCUUGGGCGCUUGGCCGUUACAGCAUGAGGAACCGCGCCUACUGCUUGCUUUGCUGCUGCAUGCUCAUUCUUUUAACUUUUCUCUUUUUGUCUUACAAAAAAUCUGUAUAAAAUUAUUGUAUUUGUAAGAGAUACUUCUAUACGUGGUACAAAUCUAUACGGAUGAUUCAAGAAAGUUUGAAAAAAUUAUAUUUUUAACUCCUUACACUGAUAUCUACCCUUUCAAACAUAAUUUUUCACGUUCAAAUAACUGUUUAUCUGAACAUCAUCAAUUGUACUCUUUCACUCGUUGUUUCAUUGAGUUUGUUUCGUGUCUCUUCAAAGAUUUCUUACUAUUUUUUAACACAACCAUCAAGUCCUCUUGUUAUCCUGAAUGAUGUGAAGUUACGUGAAAUUUUUCCUGAUAUUUGAUGUCAAACAUUACCAGAAUUGAACUUCUUACCUUGUCAAUCAAUAAAUUUGCUUCGCCUUGCUUUGCUCGCUUAGAAAAAAAUGUUGUCUUUGAUGAUCUUUUGUCUGUAUGAAUUGGUCUCCCGGGAAGACACGAGGGAAUAUAUAUCGCACAAUCUCAGCUGACUGAAAAUCUCCCUUUGAUGAUUGAGAGGAUGAAAUUAUCAGUCAUGAUGAAAAGCAACGGAGUCAAUAGCUUACUUAAACUUUUAAACAACGAACAAGGUUACAUUCCUUAACAAAAAAAUUCUUAAAAAAUCUCAAUUCCGGAGUAGAGCGACCUAUUCAGGUUUUCGAUUGGGUUAUACUAGUUUAGGACUGGGGCUCAAAAGAAAUAAGUAUGUACUUAAACAAUUAUACGUGAAUAGCCUAAAACGCGCGCACCGAUUGGCUACUCAAACUCCGAAUAUAGUUUGUUAGUAUAUGCCACUAAGGUUA